AUGGCUGCUUUGGCAAAGAAUAAAUGGUACCAAUGGUACUUAAAAGAGGUAUCCUCCGGUCGGCUUACCCUUCCCACCUACGAACAGGAAAAUAAUGUGAUCAAGAUUUACUAUGGUGAAAGGUUCUGCCGUGUCCCUGACUGCGCAAAGGCCCAGAAGGAAUAUUCUGCCACCAAUAAUUUGCGUACCCAUAUCCUGUCCCACGAAACCUAUACUUGCCCUGAGAACUCUGGCGGUCGUGUUGGAACAAAGGUGGUUGAUGAGGCCACAAAGUGGUACAAAAAUCUUUUCGCUGGCAUUGAACCCCGGCACUCUACCCCCGCGAACUCUUCAAUUGCUGCUUCCUCCCCUCAUCGCUCUAUGGGUUUCACGCCUAAGCCAAAAUUGCCUUUGAAAAAGGAUGGCACGGUUCAUGUUACCAAUAUGCGUGCAAAGGUGCUUGAGAUGAAUCUCCAAUGCUUAGAGAAGAUGGCUUAA